AUGGAACGCUACGACGUCUCCGUGGACCGCGAGCCCGCGAAGGUCGUAGCGCAGGUCGAGGAGACUGAGACAGAUGUCAGAGGUGAUUACAACAUCGCGGGCUCCAACCACAACAAGCCGGCGUACAAGAAAGAGCAGAAGGUGAGUGGUUUGGAUGUGAUGCUCUAUUACUGGGACGACCGCGACGGCGUGGCGUUCUGUGGCUGGUGGUUUGGCCCAAAGAUCGGCGGCGACCAGGCGGAAGGGCCCGGGGGGGGAAACGUUGGUGGUUUUCGCAACGGAACAUGCGGGUGA